AUGGAUUCUCUCUCAUCAGUCUCGCCUUCAAUCAUCCUUCCUCCUGGAAAUCCCCUGCGUCACCACCACCACCAUCGCUGGCGGCGGAUCGGCCUCCCGUUCUCAUGCCGGAAACAAGAGCGUCUUCUCUCCUCCUUUUCCGGUCAGCCGUACUAUAUGGAAUCUGGCAGGAGAAGGUGUAUGGGAGUGUUUGGUAAAUUGAGCAGCGGGGGAGAAGAGGAGAGAGAAGAAGAUGGAGAGGAUGGGAGAGAUGAGGAGGUGGAGAGGGCACUUCACAUGGACGGGACAAUUCCGGUGACUUCCGAUGAAUUCGUUAAGCGAGUCUCUUCGCGCGCUUACAACAUGCGUAGACAUUUAGAACAGACAUUCGAUAGCAGCAGCUACGAUGUGGGAAUAAAACUGAAUCUUGACAGUUUCAGACAGAUUGUUUUGUCUUCACUUGUACUAGAAGUUCAUGGUGUUGAGAGUGAAGUUGAAAGAGAGCUUGGGCUUCUUUUUUCCAAAGGUGAGAAGCGGAGAAAUCAGGCCAAGCAGUCAGUAAGUGGCACAAAGUUUCCAAUGCUUGUUGAGGAUGUCAGGGAGGGAGUCCUUGUAAGUUCUUACAUCUAUUCCGUGUUGAAUGUCUGA